AAAAUGUAUGCUUUUUUUGUCCCACAACGACGUUCAGCAUUCAUUUUCAUUUUGAUCAUUCCUCCGUAUCGAUCAAUGUUUUUGCACCCGAAAAAAUGCAAGUGAAUUUGUCAAUGUUCAUCAUAGUGAUCAUCAUCGGUAUGACUUGUGAUUCGAUUCUUAGCCAAAAUAGCCAUUAUCAAUAUGCCAAGCAACAGCAACAGCUAAAAACAAAUCGAUUCUAUUCUAAUAGCAAUAAUAAUAUUGUACAAGCAGCCAUUGUACGAAAACAUCGCAUUAUCUAUGUUAAUUCACCGUCAAUGGAUACAAGUCGACCGGUCACCAUACAGGUACCGGCACAAUCAAUACCCUUAACAUUAAUAUUACGCUCAAGUUCAACCGAUUUGAAUGUUAUACCACAACAUCUCGGAUCGCAUGGUGGGUCGCAUUCGGAAACCGAAUCCAUUGAUGAACCACAUCGUUUGAUACAUGUUGUACGAAAACCAAUCAUCCAGGAAAUAUAUGAAGUAAUUGAACCAUAUCGCUAUGUCAAACAAGAAAUCCAACCUGUUCAAGAAACCAUACGCACUGUUAUUGCCAGACAAGUCAAUAAUAAUGAUCAACAAAUUUCAAAUAACCAAAUGCAGUCAUAUGCUAACCAUAAUCAACAUUAUGGUCAACAACAAGCAGCAAUAACAAUGAUACCAUAUCAACAACAAGAAUCUCAACAACAGCAACAACAAUUAUUAUGGCAAAUUCAGAUGCGUAAUCAAUUAAUUCAACAGUAUCGCCGUGCAAUCUACAAUGGUCUAUUAACAAAUCUAUAUGGCAUACCUGUAUUAUGAUUAUUUUA